AUUGGUUACCAUAGCAACAAAGCAAACUGUGAUUGGAUGCUGGUAAAUAUAGCAACCUUACAAAACAAACAAUAGUUUGAUGAAAUAAAAAUUAAUUUCUUGAAAUGGAUCUUUGAAUGCAAAGCUGUUGUGAUAGACGGCAAGGUUUUUGGUAUAUCAAGUGGUUUAAGAAUCUACAAUGUUUAAAAUUAUAACUAUAAAAACCGCAGUUGUACGAAAGAACAAUUCUGUGAUAACUUUCGAGAGCGAACAAGAAUUCAAUUCUCAAGAGACCCUCUCCAAAAGGCCCAUACAGAAUGAAAGUUUAGAUUCUUUUGUAGGAUUUUCGCUAAAUGAAAAGUUAAACUCCAAUUGUGUGGACAAUGUUGUUGAUAAUGUAACCUACGUAAAGGUACCUGCUAAGGCAGAGCCAGAUUCAAUCGAUUCUGAAGACUCCAAUUCCUUGCUAACGGACUAUAAGUCAUAUUCGAGCCAUGAGUGUUAUAAAGCACUGCCGGCUGAGGUUUUGAAUAUAACCGUUAUGGUCAGAUGUCAGAAUUGCGAUACAAAUUUUCCGACUAAAUAUCAGUACCAGAGGCAUCAGUGCGAUUUUAAUGCUGAAAAAGUGGUUUUAAAAGCUGAUGCAGAUUUGAAAGAUGUUGACAGAGGAGUGAGAAUUAAAUACUCGUGUAUAACGUGCGCUAAACAAUUUGUAAGUAAAAACAAUUUGGAAAGACACCAAAGUAGCCACGAAAAACUGCAAGAAAAUAUUUGUGAGCAUUGUAAUAAACAAUUCGUUAGCGAAAAUCGCCUCAGGAUCCACAAAGAAAACCACUGCAAGAAAGCGGGAGAUAUAUCGAAGUUCUAUCGCAGCGAUGUAACUGUGUGGAAAUGUACGAAAUGUAGUCAAGUCUUUUCAACUCCAACAUCGGCAACAUACCACGCCGAAGGUUGUAUAGAGAAAAUAGACACCAUCAAAAUUGAUUAUGAUUUCAAUUCUCUAAACGCAGAAGUAACAGAGUGUCGCAAAAGUGAGGCGCCAAUUGAAACACACUUGCAAAAUGUAACAAAAAUACUAACUGAACUGCUACUGCAAUGCGAAUACUGCAAUCGUACCUAUGCAGAUAAAGAUCUCUUGGUGGCCCAUCAAAGACGUCACACAACGAAGACAAAUUAUGAAUGCAUCACCUGCAAUGGCACGUUUGAGUCGUAUUUAUCUGCUACCAGACACUGGAUGACCAAGUGUUCGGAUGCUGUGAAUUUAUUUUAUCUUCCAAAGAUGACAUAUUGCGAUCUCUGCGAUCGUACCUUUAAAUCCCACGAAAUUCUGUACACUCACAAAAUGAAAAAGAAGCACUACAGGCCGAAACCACACCUAACUGAUACUAAUUUGAUCGAGACCAAUGAUGAGUCAAAAGAUAAGUUAGUGCAACUUAUCAAAACUGUAUUAAUAACUUUGGAUACAUCUAUUGACAAGAACAAAGAUGCAGAGAAGUCUGCGGGCAAUAAAGAAAAUGAUGCACCGAUUGAUAACACUGAUAGCAAUCCUUCCAUAGUUGAGCAAAAUGAGCCGACUAAAAAGAAACGUGGUCGUAAACGCAAAUGGCCAAAGCAAGAUACCAAAGUCAGAAAUUUAUCUUGCGUGGCUGAGGCAGGUUAUAAGUAUCAAUGCGAACGUUGCGUAAUGGUAUUUGACACAGUUACUGAAUUGGAAAGCCACCGUGACAGAGAUCACGCAGCGAACUUUUCGUGUGAAGAAUGUGGACAGGUGGUUCACAGUGCUAAAGCUCUGGUAAUUCACAGCAGGGCGCAUCAGCAUUUAAAACCUUAUGUCUGCGAGCAGUGUGGUAGAAGUUAUUCGCAAACGUCUCAUUUGUGGCAACAUAUGCGUUUUCAUCAAGGAAUCAAACCGUUUGCCUGCCCCCAUGAAGGUUGUGAAGCGCGCUAUACUAUUCGACCAGAUUUAAAGGACCACAUCAGGAAGGUUCAUACACGCGAACGCCCCUUUAAGUGCACAGUCUGUGGAAAGAGCUUUCUGACUGGAUCUGUUUACUACCAGCAUAGACUAAUUCAUACAAAUGAUCGUAGAUAUGGUUGUGACAUUUGCGCAAAACGUUUUUUCCGUGCAGAUGCUUUAAAUAAUCAUCGUCGAAUUCACACUGAUGAAAGACCAUAUCCGUGCCUCAUUUGUGGUAGAGAAUUUCGCCAAAAGGGUGAUAGAAAUAAACACGUCCGCACCCAACACCCUGAUGAGUGAAAGCUGUUCAUAUCACUCUAUUUUCAGUAAUUGUUGUUAGUUAUUACAAAUUUAUUAACUGUUAGAAAUUUGUUGAAAUAAUUUAGUUAACUAUAUUUUAUUAAUGUGUUUGGUAAGUGCACUUUCACAGUUUCACCUAUUUGUUUAACAACUCAAAAGUCUGUGUGUUGUUUAUCUGAA